GAUCAGAGAUCUCGUCAUUCUCAGUUUCCUCUAUCAUCUCCGAUCUCUUCUCGAAAUGGCGUCGUUUCGGUUCUUCAUAGCUAUCUCCCUCGUUUCUCUCAUCCUCAUUUCAACGCUCACUCCUUCAAUCUCCAAGACCGCCAAAAACGACAACGUCGAGCUUGACGACGACGAGGAUCUCCGUUUUCUCGAAGAAACGGAGGGAAAAAAAGACGCCGCUCCUUCUCACUCCCACUUCAACGAAGAAGAUGACGGCGACGACGAGUACCCCGACCUGGACGACGAGGAGUUCGGGAACUACCACGAUUUCGAUGACUCCGAUUCGGAUCCGUACAAGGAACCCGAAAUCGACGACAAGGACGUCGUCGUUUUGAAGGAAGGGAACUUCAGUGAUUUCAUUGAGAAAAACAAGUUCGUGAUGGUUGAGUUCUACGCGCCGUGGUGUGGCCAUUGCCAGGCGUUGGCUCCGGAGUACGCUGCGGCGGCGACGGAAUUGAAGGGAGAAGAAGUGGUGUUGGCCAAGGUGGACGCCACGGAGGAGAAUGAGCUGGCGCAAGAGUAUGACGUGCAGGGUUUCCCUACUGUUUACUUCUUUGUUGAUGGAGAGCAUAAGCCUUACCCUGGUGCUAGAAAUAAGGAGGCCAUAGUGACCUGGAUCAAGAAGAAGAUAGGGCCUGGUAUUUCCAACAUUACCACCAUCGACGAGGCUGAACGCAUAUUGACCUCAGAAUCUAAAGUUGCUUUGGGUUACUUGAACUCUUUGGUGGGUCCUGAGAGUGAGGAGAUUGCUGCCGCAUCACGACUCCAAGAUGAUGUCAGCUUCUAUCAAACUGUGAAUCCUGAUGUUGCGAAGCUUUUCCACCUAGAUCCUCAAGUUAAACGCCCUGCAUUGGUCUUAGUUAAAAUGGAGGCUGAAAAAAUAAACUACUUUGAUGGCCGGUUUGUUAAGACUGCAAUAUCCGAGUUUGUAUUUUCCAACAAGCUUCCUUUGAUUACAAUAUUUACUAGGGAAAGUGCUCCUUCAAUUUUUGAAAGCGAUAUUAAGAAACAGAUUUUGAUGUUUGCUGCAUUAAACAUUUCUGAGAAGUAUUUACCAUCAUUCCAAGAAGCAGCGAAAUCUUUCAAGGGAAAGCUUAUCUUUGUUUAUGUGCAAGUGGAUAAUGAAGAUUUUGGAAGACCUGUUGCAGAUUAUUUUGGUGUCAGUGGAGACGGUCCCAAACUCCUUGCAUACACUGGAAAUGACGAUGCUAGGAAGUUUGUCUUUGAUGGAGAAGUGACGUUGGAUAAAAUUAAGGCUUUUGGGGAAGAUUUUUUAGAAGACAGGCUUAAACCUUUCUACAAGUCAGAACCAAUUCCUGAAACAAACGAUGGGGAUGUGAAAGUAGUGGUUGGCAAUAACUUUGAUGAAAUCGUAUUAGAUGAGUCAAAGGAUGUCCUUCUUGAGAUCUAUGCACCUUGGUGUGGCCAUUGCCAAGCACUUGAGCCGACAUACAACAAGCUUGCCAAACAUCUCCGCGGCAUUGACUCUUUGGUUAUUGCUAAAAUGGAUGGUACAACAAAUGAACAUCCUAGGGCAAAGUCCGAUGGGUUCCCGACAAUUCUGUUCUUCCCGGCAGGAAACAAGAGUUUUGAUCCCAUAACUGUGGACACUGAUCGAACUGUCGUGGCAUUUUAUAAGUUCCUAAAGAAACAUGCAUCAAUCCCAUUCAAGCUCCAAAAACCAGUGUCAGCACCCAAAGCUGAAGCAGCAUCAACCCCAGAAACAAAGGGUGAGGAGUCGAAGGAGAGUGAUAAGAGCAGCAAUGGUGGCUUGAAGGAUGAGUUGUGAUCUCACAGUGAGGUUAUAUUAUAUGAAUAGAUAAGAGUAAAGAAUAGUGAGUAGAAACGAGGAAUCCGAAAAUUGUGAGGGUUCCUAGUGUUUGGUGUAUGAGUUUUUUUUUUUCUUAGAGGACAGCAAUUGGCUUUUUAGACGUUGAAGAAUAAAUGGCCCAUUGUUCUCUUGCUAUCA